AUGCGUCUAUCCCCCAUUGUCGCCACUCUGGCGCUCGCCAGCUCUGCCUUUGCGUAUCCCGCGCAAAAGGAGGAUAGCUUAUAUCAAGCCAUGAAGAAGGCGGGAAGGAAAUUCAUUGGCACAGCUUUGACACUCCGAAACGAGACACGUGAAGGCGAGAUUAUCAAACAAGAGUUCAAUGCAUUCACGCCAGAAAACUCGAUGAAAUGGGAAUCGACUGAACCAUCUCGUGAUAACUUCACCUUCACGGAUGCCGAUCGCUAUGCGGCGUAUGCGAUGAAAAACAGGCUUCAGGUGCAUUGCCAUACCCUUGUCUGGCACUCUCAACUCCCUGCUUGGGUGUCAAGCGGUGGCUUUGACAACCAGACACUAAUUGGGAUCAUGGAGAACCACAUCAAGCAACUUGUCACUCGAUACAAGGGUAUUUGCACGCGUUGGGAUGUAGUGAACGAGGCAUUGGAAGAGAAUGGCACGUACCGCAAGAGUGUAUGGCUCGACACAAUUGGCGAGGCAUAUCUUCCUAUCGCUUUCAGACUAGCGAAAAAGUACGACAACAACGUCGAUCUUUACUACAACGACUACAAUCUAGAAUACAACUCGAACAAGACUGCCGGUGCUGUACGCAUCGUUAAGCUCCUCAAGUCUUAUGGCGUCAAGAUCGAUGGUGUCGGCUACCAGGCACAUUUGGGCAGCGAGACCACACCAACUGCAGAGGGCCCUACCCCUGACCAGAAGACUCUAGAAGCUGCUCUACGCGCAACUGCUGAUCUCGGUGUUGACGUCGCAUAUACCGAAAUUGAUGUACGUAUGAAUACGCCUGCGACACCAGCGAAGCUUCAGGUGCAGGCUGCUGCGUACGAGCGCAUUGCAAAGUCUUGCAUGGCGGUGAAGAGGUGUAUUGGCAUGACUGUCUGGGGAAUUUCAGACAAGUACAGCUGGAUCCCUGGUGUUUUUGAGAACGAAGGUGCCGCUCUUGUCUGGGACGAAAAUUACAACAAGAAGCCUGCCUAUGCUGGUUUCCUAAAGGGCAUUCGGUCAAAGAAGUACUCCCCCGUAUGGUAA